AACAAAAAAAAGAAAGAAACAAACAAACAAUUCUACAACACCAACAAUGCCUCUUUCCAGCAAAAAGAACCAGGCUCUCGCAGCAGAGCAGCAAAACAUUGCAGCCUCCGGCGCUGCUGGCCCCACCUACGGCACCGGUCCCGGCCACGCAAACGCCGCAAACGCAAACCUCCCCGGCCCGGCACCGUUCACCGCCGGACCGCACCGCCACGAUGUCCUCAACAAGCUGGAUCCCACUGUCGACAGCGGCACGGGAGGGAUGCAGGUCCUCACCGGCUCUCACCACAACGCAGGAAUGGGCGGCGUGCCGGGCCAAGCCCCCGUCCAAGGCAGAGCCGGCGGAGUAAUGGGCAGCAACAACCCCUACCAUGGCGGCAAUGUCGCGGAUCCGACUCUGCCCAACGCCGGCAACUACUACACCAUGGGCACAAACGUCGUCCCAGGCAGCAAUGCCGCUCCUCGCAACGUCCCCGAGGGCACCUACGGGCCGCAUACCUCUCGCGUAGCCAAUGCUGCUGAUCCGCGAGUCGACUCUGACGCAGACCACCGCCGAAGAGUAGGACUCGGCACUGGAGCCGGCUCAGGAGCUGCAGCUAGAGGUGGAGUUGGAGCAGGAUCUGGGGGAAACAGCAGACCGAUAUUCCCCCCUGGAGUUGGGGGCCCAGCCCCGACGACAGCAGGACCUCAUCGACAUGAUGUGCUGAACAAGCUGGACCCAACUGUGGAUAGUCGAUCUGCCACCACGGUUGAUGCCACUGGCCGCAAAAUCAUCCCCUAAGCAAUAACGAGACGACGAUGUGAAGGUAUGCUGGUGGUUUAGUCUUUCUAUCAGAAUGCUAUGUACGAUUAACGAUAUGGUUUGGCUUGAGAUUUCGGAAGAUACCAAAUAGGAAUGUUUUAACGACGGGUCAACCAGCAGGAGAAUUUUCUUUGUACACUAUCUAGGAGAUUUCAGUUUAUGAAUAAUGACCAGU